AUCUGGAUGUGGAUGUGGAUGUGGAUGUCCAUGUCCAUGGUUGCCUCUUUCACCUCACAAUUCCCCAAAUCCGCCCCCUGUUUUUCUGCAACCUUUCUCCGCCACUUUAUUUCCAGUAAUUCCUUUGCGUUUCAAUCAUUUAGCUCGAUUAUAGUUCCUUUUACCAGAACCUAGAUGCUGGAGUUGGUAGGUAGGAGACUGAGUCUCCGGAACUGCAGGUGCAGAUUCGGGGAAGUUUCUGCAAGUCGCCCUCACACCUCAUUGUUUGUUUGAUUUUUAGAUGCAAACAAUCAUUUCUUCAAUUCUCAAACUAUCACAUUUUGUCACUGGCGGUAUCUGAAUCUCCGGGAUAUACAUACACGUAGGCAGACACACACACACACAUACAUAUUAUAUUGCUUUUCAAUCUCCAUCGUCUCUAGGUCGGCUCUUCAAUUGUUGGUUUUUAUAAUUAUGUGCUAUUCUGAUUUCUUUAUUUACAACUUCGUCAUCGUUGUUUCCUCCUGAGGAAUUUUGUAUCUAAAUAUAAACAAUUGAUUAUUUUAAGCUUUCAAAGUCAUCGGCGAGGAAUCUGAAUUCUAGGAAGAAAGAGUCUCUUCGUAUUUCUCUUGCUCGGCUCAUUUCCAGGUUCAUGUGUCUCAUAACGUAAAUAAGCAACUUCUAGAGUACCUGAAAGCAAAUAAUAUAUAUAUAUACUGUUGGAUGUAGAAGUAAAGGAAUUUUUUUUUUUUUUUUUUGGAAAAAAGAAUUAAAAAAAAAUGAAGAUAGUAGUCCCUCAGGCCCAGGCUAUGCAGUCUUAUAAAAAUCCUAAUGUCUUGGGUGGCGUAUCAGCGUAUGGAGGUCCCUUGUUGUUGGUCAUCAGCGCCAAAUCAUUGCUAGUCAAACGCUCGCGGGGAGUUGCAAACCCGAUCUCUCUGGCCCCUUCGUCGUCUUCUUCCUUCAAUUCGACUAACUGGAUGGCAUCUGCAGGCAGCACCAUCAAUGGCAAGACAUGGAAUCAGUUAAGGCAUGUGGAAUCCAUGUCGAGCCUGCCGUCAGGUGCCGGCAAGAUCUCUCACCUCAACGCGGUCAUCUUGGGAGAGGCUCUUGCAUCCGAGGAGAACGAUCUCGUCUUCCCCAGCGAAGACUUCUCCAACCAGGCUCUCGUCCCUUCUCCUCAAAAGUACUUAGAGAUGUAUAAAAAGUCAAUCGAGGACCCGGCUGGCUUUUGGUCGGAUAUCGCAACUGAGUUUUACUGGAAGCAGAAAUGGGAAGAGAAAGUCUAUUCCGAGAAUCUGGACGUCAGGAAAGGCCCCAUUCACAUUGAGUGGUUCAAGGGGGGUAUCACCAAUAUUUGCUACAACUGUUUGGAUAGGAAUGUAGAAGCCGGCCUGGGUGACAAAGUCGCUAUUUACUGGGAACCCAAUGAGCCCGGUUUUGAUGCCACUUUAACUUACUCCCAGCUGCUUCACGGAGUUUGUCAGCUUGCAAACUACUUGAAAGAUGUAGGUGUCAAAAAGGGGGAUGCUGUUGUAAUUUAUUUACCCAUGCUUAUGGAGCUUCCUAUUGCCAUGCUUGCUUGUGCCCGGAUUGGUGCUGUUCACUCGGUUGUAUUUGCUGGUUUUUCGGCAGAGUCACUUGCACAACGAAUCAUGGACUGUAAACCAAAAGUUGUACUAACUUGUAAUGCUGUCAAAAGAGGUCCCAAGUUAAUCAACCUUAAAGACAUUGUUGAUGCUGCUCUCCUUGAAUCCACCCAAAAUGGGAUUUCUGUAGAUGUAUGCUUAACAUACGAAAACCAAUCUGCCAUGAAGAGGGAAAGCACAAAUUGGCAAGGUGGAAGAGAUAUAUGGUGGCAGGAUGUUGUCCCCAAAUAUCCCACAACUUGUUCGCCGGAGUGGGUUGAUGCAGAAGAUCCUCUUUUUCUGCUCUAUACUAGUGGGAGUACCGGAAAGCCAAAGGGUGUUGUGCAUACAACUGGAGGAUACAUGGUUUACACUGCAACAACAUUCAAGUAUGCAUUUGACUACAAGCCAUCAGAUGUUUACUGGUGUACAGCAGAUUGUGGUUGGAUUACUGGGCAUAGUUAUGUCACUUAUGGACCCCUACUUAAUGCAGCCGCGGUCAUUGUUUAUGAAGGGGCUCCAAAUUAUCCUGACCCUGGACGUUGUUGGGAUAUUGUUGACAAGUACAAGGUCUCAAUAUUCUACACUGCCCCGACAUUGGUGCGGUCCCUCAUGCGUGAUGGUGAUGAGUAUGUUAGACGUUACUCUCGCAAGUCCUUACGGGUCCUCGGAAGUGUAGGAGAGCCUAUAAACCCAAGUGCCUGGAGGUGGUUUUUCAACAUAGUUGGAGACUCGAGGUGUCCUAUAUCUGACACUUGGUGGCAAACUGAAACUGGGGGCUUCAUGAUAACCCCAUUACCAGGUGCUUGGCCACAGAAGCCUGGUUCUGCCACUUUCCCUUUCUUUGGAGUUCAGCCUGUGAUAGUGGACGAGAAGGGUAUUGAAAUUGAAGGUGAGUGCAGUGGUUAUCUGUGCGUGAAAAGCUCAUGGCCUGGGGCAUUUCGAACUCUUUAUGGUGACCAUGAAAGAUAUGAAACAACGUACUUUAAGCCAUUCCCUGGAUAUUAUUUUACUGGUGAUGGCUGUAGCAGGGACAAUGAUGGUUACCACUGGCUUACUGGAAGAGUGGAUGAUGUUAUUAAUGUUAGUGGACAUCGUAUUGGCACGGCAGAAGUGGAAUCUGCUCUAGUGUCUCAUCCUCAAUGUGCAGAAGCUGCUGUGGUUGGUGUAGAACAUCAGGUUAAGGGGCAGGGAAUAUAUGCAUUUGUUACUCUUGUGGAGGGCGUUCCUUACAGUGAAGAACUUCGAAAGAGUCUUAUAGUCACUGUGCGAAAUCAGAUCGGAGCAUUUGCAGCACCUGACAAAAUCCACUGGGCACCUGGCCUUCCAAAAACAAGAAGUGGAAAGAUAAUGCGACGAAUUCUGAGGAAAAUUGCUUCUAGGCAAUUGGAUGAACUGGGAGACACCAGCACGCUUGCAGAUCCAGGUGUAGUUGAUCAACUCAUUGGGUUUGCAGACUGCUGAAGCUUUUGCAAUUUUGAUCUCCAUGUGGUAUGUUUGACCUGCCUGCUUCUGCUUCCCGACUAAAGCAUCUUCUUACUUUUAACUUAUUAAGCCGCAGAUCGGUGAUGAUAGUUCAUUAUUGUUUUUGUUUUUUCUUUUUUUGUUGCCGUGUCUGUUGUUUUUUUACUUUGUUUUAUGGCAGUUUGUAUUCUUUGAAUAAUACCAGAUCUUUAUAUCAAUAUUCUUAAUCA